AUGUUGGUUAAUCGUACCGAACAAAAAGGAGGUGAGAACGCCGCCCCAGGGGACGCGAACAGCGGCACCAAGAAACGGAAAAAGGUUCAGCUCGUGCUCGGCGGCCUGACCAUGAACUCCCCCGACACGGCGACUCAGUCGUACAGCCCCCCUGACGUCCAUGAUUUCCCCAUGGCUCCCACGUCUUCGUCCAAAAUGAAGGUGAUGGUACAGCAUGAGGUCAAGGGGCCCAUUCCUCGAAGGGACAGGUCUAGGUCCCUCUGCGUCGAAAAACUGCCCACGUUUCACAAGCAGCCCCCGAGCCCUGUGUUUAAUGUGAAAUUCCGCCAUCUCGGCACUGCCAAAGCGAACGCCAUCCUCGGUCGACGCGGCUCCGAGUCAUCUGGAGCUGUCGCGGAUAGACUAUCCGUUCAGGCAGCCUAUGCAUGUUCAUCCGCCACCGAUCUCGCCGCACGGAGAGGUGUCUUCAGUCGUCGACACUAUGGUUCCGUCGAAAUGCUUGCUUCCUGUGAUGGAGAUAGUGAGAACGUUGUCAGACGAUUCCGCGUCGAGACCGGUGAACGCUCCGACAAGGAGGAGAACUCCUCUUUAGGCUCUUCUGGAGUGUCGGCAGCUUCGCCCGGGUCGCACUUCCGUCGGGUGCCAACUGACGAAGCUCUUAAACUGUUCGGAUCCCCGAGCACCCCCGUUCUUGAGAAUCCAGAGUAUCAGACAAGAUGGUACUUCAAGUAUUUCCUCGGCAAACUUCACCAAAACUACGUUGGAGCCGACGCUGAAAAAAACCCUUUUUUCCUGUCCGUCGUCUUGACCGACGCGAAUUCUCAAGGCACUCAACAGUACAGAGCGAUUCUCUGGAGAAAGACGGGGGCGCUGCGGAUUUGUCUUUCACAUAGCCCCAGCAAACCAUUGACUGUGAAAUCUAUUCUCAGCAACUUCGAGACGCUGGACAGGGUCGAGAAGGGCCCCAAAGAAAUUUUCUCCCCCGAUAUCCAGAAGGACCUCCUGCUUCUCGAAGAACAAGAAGGCUCCGUCAACUUCAAGUUCGGUGUACUAUACGCUCUAGCAGGCCAGACGACCGACGACGAGAUGUUCAGCAAUGAGAGCGGCAGCAAGGACUUCGAGAAACUCGUCAGUUUACUCGGGGAUAGAGUGCGUCUCAGAGGAUGGGACAAAUACCGAGGAGGCUUGGACGUGAAGGGAGACAUGACCGGCAAACAAUCAGUAUAUACCAUUUACGAGGGACACGAGAUCAUGUUCCAUGUCUCAACCCUACUGCCUUACUCGAAGGACAACCGACAACAGGUGGAACGCAAACGACAUAUCGGCAACGAUAUAGUGAAUAUCAUUUUCUUAGAAGGAACCCAUGAAGACCAUAUCAACUUCAAACCAUCGAUGAUCAAAUCUCAAUUUACUCACAUCUUCGCCGUCAUAUCGUACGACCGGAGUGAAGACGCUUUCCGUUUAUCGCUGUUUUCCGAAGAAUCUGUUCCUCUCUUCGGGCCGACGCUCCCAUGUCCUCCACUGUUCCACAACCAUCAAGAAUUCCGAGAAUUUCUGCUCGUCAAAUUGAUAAAUGGCGAGAAGGCAGCUUUCAACACACCGAUCUUCGCCCAGAAAAGAGAGCGUACUUUGGAUAUGCUCAUCAAGGAUCUCUACCACGAACACAUGUCAGACCGAGGGACGAUGCUAAACCGACGGGCGUUCUCCGAUGUCCUUCCUGAAACGCCUCGUGGAUCUCGAAGGAAGGAGGAAGCACGUCAGGUGGAGUUCGUUCGAAUCGGACAGGCACUGAAGCUGGAUACGAUAGUCAAAGGCGAUGCUCCGACGUCAUUAGCCACAACGUCACUCUUUAAGAGAGAGCCCUGGGAGCCUCAAUGCUUCUAUCCAGACUUCCCCUUCGAUGUGGUGUGUGGAGAUUCUUGGGGCGAAAAUCGCCUCAUCCUCGCGACUGAAUCAGGCAUCUUUGUUAUCGAAGAGGGACUUCAACAUCGAAUGAUUUUCGACAAGAGCGUACAAGUGAAACAGCUGUCCGUCAUCGAAGCACACGGGAUCCUCCUGAUCAGAACAGAACGCGGUCGAGACUCCCGAAUUCACGUGUUCCGGUUAUCAGACUUCGACCUGGAUCCCUCCCUGGUCGUUCCGAAAACUCGUCAUGACAUUCGAGAACACCGGCUCGAACGGACUAAGGGAUGCCACCUGUAUUCACUGAGUAGACCCGGGGGAGGUCAUUUAAGAGUGGCUGUUUGCAUUGGACGCAAAAUCGUCAUCAUGCAAUGGAAACACUCAGCCGCGUGGACUGCAUGGUGUGCGGCAUCCGAUACCGAUACCAUCGAAGGAUUUGUCUACACAAAGGAACUGAAUGUGAAUGAGCCGCCAGUGGUUUGCACUCUCGUAGACAGCGUGUCUCCAAGUACAGACAACCAGAUUUGCAUCGGUUACCGACAUCAAUUCGAUCUUGUAAAUGAAAAAACCGGGGACACUAUACGACUGCACAAUCUGGAUAAAGUGGAGAAAGUUCACCUCGUGACGGCCUUGGACAUAUACGAAGACGACGAAGCCGAGGUCUUGCUCUGCUACAACCACACGACGCACUUCAAGAAGCUCCAAGAAGAUAACACGAACGCCUUCGAUUUUCAAUGGAAUGCCAUACCCGAGGCAGUCGUUUGCGUCUUUCCCUACAUCAUGGGAUUCAAUUACGACAGCAUCGAGAUCCGGCUUAUCAUCAAUGGGAACCUGGUGCACAACCUCGCAAUGCCGAAACUCAAGCUGAUCACAUCGAAGAGCGACAUUUUCUUCGUUUCUACAGCACCUGAAUUCUUCCAAGUACGAAAAGAUACGAAAGUCCGAGAGGACUGUCACAAUGCCCUGCAGCAAACGAACAGCUCAGCCCAGCAAGCCUCGCAAGCCGGUCUUUUCAACAGGGACUCGUCGAUUUCACCGCCCUCGUCGCCACACUCGACCGGUAGCACUGGUUCAAACGAUGGUGCAAAACCUCUACGGAUAUACAGGAUUUCGUUCAGCGGUUUGACUGGUUUCGCAACUCCGAGCGAACGUAGAUGUCCCACCCCGUCUCUGCCUUCGCCGGCGCCUUUCAUGGGUGCCACACCGCAGAAUAACUACUCGCAGCCCUAUUUGUCGCCGGACUUUCAGGAGGGCUGUGGAAGCCGUCCGAGCCGUAGCGCGUGUGCAUCUCCUGUUCCUCCUCUACGCUCGAUAUCUCCGUGUGGCGCAGCCACUUCGAAACGUAACCUCAUGCAGAACGCCAGCUCUAACAGCUCCGACUCGGGUCUUGGCAAGAGUUUAGGCUCCAGCCCCCCUGCAAGCCCGUUCCCAAACAAAGACCAUUGA